ACCGACCGGACGCCUUCCGAUCCAGCAAAACCCCCAGAACCCCAGAUCACGAGGCCUCGCCAUGGAGUUCCACUACCGCGCCGGCGACGAGCGCUGUCCGUCGGCGGGGGCCGCUGCUACGUCGGCCAACUCCGAGACGGCAGCCACGCGCGUGCCUAAUGUUCUUGUCGGCGGGGACGGCGCGGGGUACCACGGGGAGAACUCGCCGCCGCCGGCGUCUGAUCCGGACGAGCUGCGGCGCCGGGCGGCGAAGGAGAGGAUAAGGGCGCGGAUCCUGCGGGAGGAGGCGGAGACCAUGGCGCUCGAGGCCGAGGUUCGCCGUGAGCUCAUGGAGGAGCGCGCCAGGUUGCUCGUGGGGCUGGCCGGCGGGUCGGAACAUAGGGCGGUGCCAUCGCUGAAGACGGUGGCGCCAUACUUUCAUGAGUCUGUGCAGGCCGGGUCGAAAGUAGACGUGUCUGCUGCUGUGCCAGGCAAGCGCAAAAACCCUGAUGUACAUGAUACAUCUGCUGUUUUGGCGGCCACGGGAAGCAAGAAGCCGAAGCCAGAUCUGACUUGCACGGUGUGCAACAUCACGGCAACCAGCGAGGUUGCCCUGCAAGAGCACCUCGGAGGGAAGAGCCACGGGAAGAAGGCCGCUAAACAUGCGCAGCCAUUGCCUGGAACAGGUCAACCAGAGGAGGAUGCGUUCAGCUUGAAGGUAAAUGGGUCGCCAGCCUUACCGGCCAAGGGGAAAAACCCUAGUGUUGCUGUUGCUUCGAUGGCUCUCGCUGAAAAAAGGUGCGACAACUUGGGCUUGAACUGCACGGUCUGCGGCAUCACAGCAAGCAGUCAGAAGAACAUGCAAGAUCACCUCAAAUGGAAAAUUCAUAUGAGGAAGACUGCCAUGAUCGCGCAGCUAUAUCCUAAGGAGAAUGGGGUCUGCUCAAAACCAAAUGCAUCAGCAGCCGUGCUACCGGCCAAGCGGAAGAACUCCGACGUUGUCCCAGCCGCAUCCACCCUUUCAGCCGGGCCAAGCAGCAAGAAUCAGAAGCGAGACUUGACCUGCACGGCAACCAGCGAGAAGGGCAUGAAGGAUCACCUCAAAGGGAAGGCUCACAUGAAGAUGGCAGCCUCGCUUGCGCCUGGGGAAGCGGAGGAAGACGCAGAGGUGGAAGGUGGCUACACGCCGAGGAAGUUCCAUAUGCUGACCGACUCCGGGACAUUGUGCGAGGUGGUGCAGCUGAACGGCUCCAUCCUCUGCGAGGUGUGCGACGUGCAGACCGCCGACAUCGUUACCAUGAUGUGCCACCUACAGGGGACCAAGCACGUCUCCAAGCAGGCCAAGCAGAAGCAGUGCGAAGCCGUGGAACCACCGGCAGCGACGGCUGCUGGUGGCGACGGGCCAGGAUCAGAAAUGGUGCCCGCGGGGGCCAGUGACGUGGGCCGGGUGGACGGCGGCUCCCUGCUGUGCGAGCUCUGCAACGUGAAGGUGCCAUCGGAGUGCGCCAUGCAGUCUCACCUGUCCGGCAGGAAGCACACCAACAAGGCGAAGGUGGCUGCAGUUGGUGUCGGUGCAUGUGGCAACGGGUCAGGCUCAGAAAUUGUGCCCAUGGAGGCCAAUGGCGUGCGCCGACUGGACGGCGGUAUCCUGCUGUGCGAGCUCUGCGAUGUCAAGGCCCCGUCGGAGUGUGUCAUGCAGACUCACCUGUCCGGCAGGAAGCACAUCAACAAACAGAAAGCCAACGUUGACGCCGGUGCAGGACAGGGGGUGAAGAAGGCUGCCGCCGCCGACGCCACGAUCGGCAGCCCAUCCAAGGAAGCCGCCUCCAUCGUCGUCAAUGGCAGUGAUGACUCGGUGAAGAAACCAGCAGCGGGAGAGAUGGAGGUAGCUGUGUCAUCAGCAGGACAGGGGGUGAAGAAGGCUGCCGCCGCCGCCGCCACGAUCGGCAGCCCAUCCAAGGAAACCGCCUCCAUCAUCGUCAAUGGCAGCGAUGACUCAGUGAAGAAACCAGCAGCGGGAGAGAUGGAGGUAGCUGUGUCAUCGGCAGGACAGGGGGUGAAGAAGGCCGCUGCCGCCGCCGCCGGCGGCACGAUCGGCAGCUCAUCCAAGGAAGCCACCUCCAUCGUUGUCAACGGCAGCGAUGACUCUGUGAAGAAACCAGCAGCGGGAGAGAUGGAGGUAGCUUUGUCAUCGGCAGGACAGGGGGUGAAGAAGGCCGCCGCCGCCGACGACACGAUCGGCAGCUCAUCUAAGGAAGCCGCCAACAUCAUUGUCAAAGGCAGCGAUGACUCCGUGAAGAAACCAACAGCGGGAGAGAUGGAGGUGGUAGUGUCAUCGGCAACGCCUCAAGUGGAUGUCGCCGCCCCGGUCUGCGCCCGUGUCUCCUCCGUGCCCCCCAUGGAAGUAGAUGAAGCUGCAGGGGCCGGAGAUGGUGCUGCCAAAGCUGAAGAACAAGAGAAAGCUGAUGCCGAGGAAGAGGGAGCCGUGGAGAUCGACGGAGGCGCCGCCGUGACCGGCGAGGACUAUAACAUCAAGGUGGAGGGCAAGCAAUUCGUCACGCUGCGCCAGGCAGACCACAGCCUCUCGUGCGGUCUGUGUGGCGUGCACGGCUGCGACAAGCGCGGCAUGAUCAGUCACCUCUACACCAGGGACCACUGGCGUAGAGCCCGUCUCGCCGAGGAGAAGAAGCGGGCGUCGGAGGCAGCGCUAGAGGCAGUGAACAAAGACGGCGACGGCGUCCCGGUCACUGACGGAGCGGCUCAGGUCGACAACUGAGGGCAGCCGUCCGUGACUUUGCAUGGGACGGCGGUGUGUGCUGAACUUUGUUGUAGUAAUGUACUGUAUGUGUGUAUGGGCUGUUGAGACUUCAGUACAAUUGUUGAGCCCUUGUGUGGGUGUGUCCGUGUGUGAGACAACUUGAAAUCUUUCAGUACAACUUAUUCUAGACUUAAGUACAAUUUCCUUCCAGCUA